UAGCACCUCGAAUUGAUGAUCGGCGCUCAUUGGAUUUCGAAAUGUCGACAGGAAAGAGUACUUUGAGAUCCCCUGGGCAGCCUUAAGGGCGAUGGUCGAGCCCUCCGUCGCUGAACGAUCCGUGAUUUAUCACAGAGAUUAUCUCACCCAUGGACAGAUUGUCACCUCCGCGGCGGUGGAAAUCACGGAAAGUGGAGUCUUGACUGCGGAUGGCAAUCUGUAUCCGUAUGAUUAUCUUGUCAUUGCCACCGGACACGACGAUUCAGUCCCGAGAGAUAGAGGCGAGAGGCUCGUCCACUACAAGGCCGAAUAUGACAAGAUUAAAUCUGCGAAUUCGAUCCUUAUCGUUGGAGGAGGUCCCACGGGUGUUGAACUUGCUGGUGAAAUCGCCGUCGACUUUCCGGAAAAGAAGGUGACCCUGGUGCACAGAGGUUCCAGAUUGCUGGAAUUCAUAAGUCCCAAGGCUUCCAAGAAGACAUUGAAUUGGUUGGUUUCGAAGAAAGUUGAAGUGAUCUUGGGCCAAUCGGCCGACCUGGAUUCUAUGUCGGAUGGCAUUUAUCGCACGUCCGGGGGCGAAACUAUCCAGGCCGAUUGUCACUUUCUUUGUACAGGGAAGCCGAUUGGCUCUUCCUGGCUUAAACAAACUUUUCUGAAGGACAGCUUGGACAGCCGCGGGAGAUUGAUGGUCGACGCACACUUGAGGGUCAAGGGCCACAGGAAUGCUUUCGCGGUUGGCGAUAUUACCGAUAUCGAAGAACUCAAACAAGGCUAUGUGGCCCAUGCGCACGCCGCGAUCGCUGUGAAAAACCUGAAGCUGUUGAUGAGCGGAGGACAAGCGAGCAAGAUGUCUGCUUACAAGCCCGGACCGGCGCUCGCGAUUGUUUCCCUCGGAAGAAAAGAGGCAGUCGCGCAAUUCCCGUUCAUGACGGCAAUUGGAUGGUUUCCUGGAAAGAUCAAAUCCGGCGAUCUCUUCGUGGGGAGGACGAGGAAACAGCUCGGGCUAAAGCCGCCGCCUUCAAAACCGAAGUCGCCGUCCACCGGGAAAUGCUAGAGGUGUUGCUGGGCAUGUUCCUUGGUGUUGCAACUGUACGAAUGUAUUGAAACAUUGGUGGAG